CAUAACAUGUGCAAAGUGCCCUCUCCAAGCUCGGGUCAGAAGCCCUCCCUGCCGCAGGUGGGCUUUGCAGGAGGGGGUUUGCACGGGGCCUCGGCGGCCGAGCCGGGAGCUAGACGCCGGGAGCCCGGGCACGUAGGGUGCUCUGACCUCCGGUGCCGGCGGCCGCGUCCAGUAGCUGCGGAGUCGCAGGACCUCGCGCGUUGGGUGUCGGACCCUCCUGUUCCCGUGCCGUGGGGAAUCUCGGGCUGGACUCCUGGACGGCCGAGGUCCCGUGGGCCCUGCUCCCCCCCAUGCUCAGCGUCUUGUGCCAGGAGGAGAAACCAGGUGCCACGUCUGACAUGCCAGUGGGAUCAUGAUCGCAUGAGCCGUCGCUGGGGGGAUGCUGCGUGCGGCGCCGGCACAUGAAGGGCGCCCGUAAGCAGCACGCAGAGCAGGCCAGACAGCCAGCGACAGCCUUGAGGAGCCUGACCGCAAACCCCGGGAUGGUGGGAGCCAUUCCCCGACAGCCACGCCGCUUCUGGGGGGUGCCGGGGUGGCAGGUGUCUCCGGCGAGCUGUGCCAACGACCGUGUGCUGCGGGGCCACCAGGACUACCUGGCUCGGCGAGGGGGUCGGCUGCGGAGUGAUGCGGUGUUGCAGCGUGCUCCGUAACCAAAGCCUCAUCCGGACUUGCUGAGCCGGGGGUGGUCUGAGGCCCCCGUGACCUCGUGGCACUUUACCACCCCUUCCCUGCUGCUUUAUGGGCUUUCCUGUGUCCGGCGCAGUGCGGCGCCCGGCCCAGUGAGGCUCCAUGCGGCACAUCCACGCGGAGACGCCCCUUCCCCCAGAGCGCAGCCAGGACGCGGGGCUGUCGCGGGCGGGUGGCGAAGCGGGCUUGGAGCCAGCCCCCGAGCGCUGCCCGCGCCGCGGCCUCCUGAUGGGCUACAAUGAGACGGAGAUUAAGCGCCAGAAGGUCUACCAGGUCUCCAUCUUCUCACACCUCUCCAGUGCCUCUGAGCCGGCCGGCGGGCGGGCAGCUGUCAAGAGGGGGUACACAGAGACACGGGCUCCGGAGAGCACGCGGGACCCCAAGCGGGCGCAAUGGGGGGCCGCGGGGACAGAGGGCAGGCGGGACGGGGUCCCUGGUGAGCUGCGGCCCAGCCAGGACACGCUGGAGGACGAUGCCUUUGAGGAUGGGCUGCUGGUGGAGGAGCUGUCGCUCUGCGGUUCGGCACAGCACUUCUCCCACAGCGGCUUGCGCGUGGUGGAGCACAGGGGCGAAGGCAGUUCUGGCCGCAGCGGGUGCCGGGAGAGCGGCUCCCGGGCCUGCCCAGAGGACAGACGGGGGGGGGGCGCCCCCCGCCUCCCAGCCACCGCACAUCACUCGCAGCACUUUGCACAUGAGAGACGGCUGCCCAGCCCCCAGGGACUGUGACUCUGCGGGGAGCAGCGAGCCUCUGCGCCCAGCCGGGGCCAGGGAGCAGCCGGCGGAGGAGAAUGGGGCCCCGCGGGCAGACAGAGCCAGCAGCCAAACCCUACUUGACGUUGACCUGCAGCGUAUUGCACAAAAGCCCUGGGUGGACACCGGCAGCGGCAAGAAAGAGGAGCCAGGGAGCAGCCCUGCCUGUAGCAACGGGGCCGGCUCAGAAGGGGAGCCGCCGGCCACGGCCAACGGGCACAAGGAGCCUGGCACCCCUCCGGUAGCCCCAGGCCCCGCGAACAACGGGCUGGGCUCGGCGGGCUGGCGAG